AUGAUGGGCAACAACCCAGUGAGAGCGGAGAUGGAAGAGAAAGAAGCCGUCAAUGAAGAAGGAAAUGUUGAAGUCGGCCGGGAUGUGGAAGGCCCAGAUGUGGAAGACGAUCCACAGGAGCCUGUGGAACGCAUGGAUGAUCAAGAACUCGACGAUGGAGAUGCCGGAACGGCGCAGAUUGAGAUUAUUGAAGAACAGCAAAUUCGUUUGGCUGACUUUGCAAUGCGCCCAAGAUUGUGA